AUGACGGAAACGAGACCAAGGCGCACGCUUACAAACAGAAACUCGUGGAAAACGAUCCGUACGCUACUGCGGAGGAUUAAAUCACAGUCAGGCACAAGCGAAAAGUCACACCCGGAAGUUGUCUGGACGACAUGCAAAGAGUCGUCGACGACGACAGAAACAUCGACAGCCGUCUCGAUCGCAGAGAUCCAGGCCCCUCAAGUUCAGAAGGCCCUCGUCGUCGCUCGGAAGGGCGAGUACGAGCUUCGCGAUGACUUCCCCAUACCAGUCGUAGGAGACGACGAGGUCAUGAUCCGAAGCUACUAUGUCGGUCUGAACCCGAUCGACUGGAAGUCGGUCGACUACAACUUCUGCUUACCAGAGUUCCCAUGGGUGACUGGCCGAGAAAUGUCCGGCGUGGUUGCUCAAGUUGGGUCCGCCGUCACGACUUUCAAAGAGGGCGACUCGGUAUGGACGAGCACGUACUACAAAGACGUGCGGGCGGGCUGCUUCCAGGAAUAUGUCAUCGUGCCGUCGCAUACCGUCCUCCCCAUCCCCUCGACGGUAUCAUUUGAAGCCGCCGCAUGUCUCGGCGUCGCCGCUCUGACAGCCGCCAUGACGCUGUGGAAAUGGCUAGGCGUGCCGAUUCCAUCGACGACCACGGACGACUCCGAGGAGCAGUGGCUAUUGAUCUGGGGCGGCUCGACCGUCACGGGCCAGUUCGCCACGCAGAUCGCGAGUCUGAGUGGUAUCAAGGUCAUCACUGUCAACUCGGCAGAGACGAAGGCGUUGUCGGAGAAGCUGGGAGCGAGCCAUGUUGUUGUUCGUGAUGAGAAGACGGACGAAGAGCUGGUCGACGAGAUCCGACAAGUGACAGGCGGCCGCAUCACGCGCGCCAUCGACUUGGUCGGCACGAAGACAGCCUCUCUGGCAUUAGAUGCCGUGUCGAAAGACGCACCCGUGGCAUUCGCGCCCUUGGCCAUGAUGUCGAGCUCCCAUGUCAUCCCGGAGAACGUCAUUGUCCACACGGUUGAGAUGAAGCAGUUUGUCUUGGAUAAGGGCAACGUGUGCUACACAGAAGAGCUGGGGAAGCUGCUGGAAGCCGGCAAGCUGAUCCUUCCUGAGCUACACCUUGUCGAGGGCGGGCUUGACGUGGUCCAGGAGGGACUUGAGAUGCUGAAGAAGGGGAAUAUGAAGGGGAAGAAGCUCGUGGUUCGCAUGUAA